AUGUCGACCAAAAUCACUUCAUCUCUCUCUGAUAUCCCCUCCUCUAGCACCUGCAAUGACCAAACUUUCUCCUCUGACAAUCCGACCGAGAUUGCGAUGUCCCAUAACGUUGACAACAAAGAAAUCGGCAAACCACCCAGCCCUGCAGGUGUGGAUCAUCCAGAAGCAAAAAAACAAUCCUCAAUACUAAAUUUUCUUCGUUCUUUUAAAUUCUGCCAUAAAAGCUCCAAACCCACUUCUAUUGACAACAAACCCAUCACCAAGAGCGAGCCCACGUCAAAUUAUGGCGACAACAACAUCAGCAAAUCUGAGGCCCUUUCUAAAUUGAUUGCUGCAAAUUUGAAUUCCCUUGACGAGGCUUCAAAGAGGAUCAUAAAGUACCAAGAUCAAAUCAAAGCUGUGUCUGACAGGUUCAAGAUGCUCAAAGAACAGGGUGGAAGUGAAAAGGAUUUUGUGGAAUUGAACAAGUCUGUCAUGAAACUGAAGCAGCAGAUCUCUUCGAAGCACGAGGUUGAGCCUAAAGAGUCCAAUGCGCUCCGCAGUCUGUGGAAAGAUGACGCACUCUUCUACAGAGAUAAUGCCAAUGACCCGCCCGAAAACCCAGAAUUUGAGAAAUUGCUCGAAAAACCAGGAUUUAUGUUUUGGUUGAAUUGGGAAAGAUAUCAACAGCUUAACACUGCGUCGAAGUUGUGUCUUCGGGUUUUUUCAGUGUUCCCGGAAAAUGCUGAAAUAAAGAAGAGGGUGAUGAUGAACUGGUGGAUUGGGGAAGGUCUUGUGGAAACAGAGCAAUUCGCUAAUGAAUUAUUCAACGACUUUAUUGGGAAGGAAUUCAUUAAACCCGUGUGGGAAAAGCGUAGCCUUGAAGUGAAAAUCUGCAAGAUGGACCCUUUGGUUCGUUAUAGGUUGAUUAAGUUUGACAAGAUGCUUCACUCCCGGGGUUUUAAUCUGCAAGGUGCACCCUUUGGUCUUAAUCGUUUAACGCAGAUCAGGUAUGCCAUGGGGAUGGAUACAUUGUUUAAUGUUAAUGAGUCUUUUCUUGAAUUCGAACCUGAGUAUUUUUCAUCGAUGAAAGAACUACAUGUUCUUUAUUUGGGAAGGUGGCAGACCUCGCCCACGCAUCACAUUGAAGUUGCCGACAUCAAGUCCAAGAAGAAAAAUGCAAAUGUUUUGGAUGGGUUGGAAAAUCUCACAAGUCUAAGGUUUCUGAGUCUUCAAGGAAUCUCUAGAAUUAUAGAGCUUCCCGAGUCCAUUUCAAAGCUCACUAAUCUUACGAUCCUUGACAUUAGAGCAUGUCACAACCUUGAGGUAAUUCCUGAUGGAAUUGGCUUGCUCAAGAAUUUGACACACUUGGACAUGUCUGAGUGUUACCUCCUAGAUCAGAUGCCCAAGGGACUUGCAUCGCUUUCCAAACUCCAAGUCCUCAAAGGGUUCCUUGUUUCAGAGGACAAAAACUCUUGCACUCUUGAUGAUUUGCAUGGAUUCUGGGAAUUGAGAAAAUUGAGCAUUUACGUUACUGUAGAUGGAUUUCCUACAAAUAAAGAUUUGCGUGCUUUAAAUCAGUUCAAAGUGCUUACCAAGCUAACGAUCGCAUGGGGAAGGGGCUCAAGAUCAUUUACCUCUAAGCCAGCAGAGGUGGCAAUUCCAGUGCUUCCCUUAGGACUAAUAAAAUUGGAUCUUCAGUGUUUCCCUUGGACGAUUACACCUAGUUGGCUGAGAGCUUAUAAUCUGAAGAACUUGAAGAAACUCUAUAUCAGAGGAGGUAAAUUCUCUGAUCUGGGUCAAUUUCAGAAACUUGAUGACAAGGAAGCAGAAAAUGAAAGUUGGGAAGUUGAGGUAUUGCGGCUCAAGUACUUAGAUCACUUAGAGAUGGAUUGGUUUGCUCUGCAAAAAUUAUUUCCAAAAUUGAAUUACUUGGAGAAGGUAAAAUGCCCGAAACUCACUCGGUUCAAAUGCGACGAGGAAGGAGUGUGGAUGAGUUCAGAUUGA